AUGGAUUUUCAAUCAAAGAUCUAUAGACCUAUUGAAAGAGUUCAAGUUGAAGGAAAAGUGUUUCUAAAAAUGAUUAAACAUUAUGAAGAGGAAUCUGUAUCUAGCAUAAAUUUUGUCAAUGGUGUGUUGUUAGGACUUGCUCAAGGCAGUCAGCUUGAAAUUACCAAUUGUUUCCCACUGCCUAAAACACAAGACGAUGAUUCAAAUGCUAAUGAAGCACUGGUCGUGUAUGAGGCUAAUAUGAUCCGUAAUUUGAGACAACUGCAAAUGGAUUACCUCAACGUAGGAUUUUAUCAAGCUGGUCCUGGGGGAGUUUCAAUCAACCGUGCAAACAUUGAAAAUAUUUAUCAACGUCAGAGCAACCUUCCCGAAUCUGUUUUGCUCACUUACGACCCAACAAGAACUAGCAGAGGCCAGAUUGGUCUGAAGGCUUACCGUCUGUCUGACGACGUCCUUGCGGCAAGAUCAGAAGCUGAAGAUCGUUUUCGUCUGAUGGGGCACAAGGGUCCAGAGGUCCCAUGGGAAUGUGAAGCGGCAAGCAGUGUGGGUCGCAGCAGUUUUACUCGUGUCCUAGAAGAGAUACCAGUUGUAAUCCAUAAUUCACAUCUUGUAAACAUCCUUUUGACUGAAAUUGUUGAUAAUCAAGAACUAUCACGGUCAGAGCUUUCUACAAAUUCAUCAAUGCUAGAUCUGGCCCCACCGCUUCCAAAAGACCAUCCUGGUCGUUACUCUACUCUCAAUCUAAGCAUGGCUUCGAGUUUGGAACAACAACUACGUUCUCUUCUUGCUGGUUUAGAAACAGUACAUGAUUAUCAGUAUUCAUAUCAACGUAGUCUAUCGAAAUCUCAGACUGCGGUCGUUGGCAAGACUGCAACAGAAACACGUAAUCGGGAGUUGGCUCCAAUACGUUUGGAUACUGCAUUAGUUUCAGCUCAGCUUGAUUUCUACUGCAAUAGUCUUGCUCAAAUGGCUGGUCAAACAAUAGGCAAAUUAAUGUUAACACAAGCUGUGCAAAAAACAAGUUCAUCUGGAGCUUCCAAAUCUCAAAAAAUUUAA